AUGAUUGGAGAAGAUGCGAGAUCUCAUCCUCAAAGGAAGAACAAUCGAGUCUCAAAGUUGAGAGCUCAGACACCAUUUACAACAAGAUCUAGGAAAAGGAAGAAAUUCUUUCAGACCAGUAACAUCUCAUUUUGGCCGAUAAACAGCUCGAGGACAUGCGAACCUCGCCAGCUACAACAUCUAGAAGGAAUCAACCCUUUACCUUGUCUUCCAUCUUAUAUCACAAUUAAUCUGUUUCAAUUCCAUCCAUUCGACAAUGUCUUUCUUCCCGAAGCUCCUAUUGCUGAUACUCAUAGUGGUCGUCUCCUCAGCGACGGCCUCCGACGACGAAAGAGUGAAACUAUUCUUCUUUUGUGGAAGGGGAAAAGGCUUCCAUGUGUGGACGAUUCAGAAGUUUCCUUAAAUAUAUAUUUGCUUGGGAGAAGAAUUUUCUGGCGGAGAACUGUUCUUCCGGGGUGUUCGAUGUGA